AAAAUAUCGCUGACGGCCUGCAUCGCCCAUUGCCCCCCGCCCUUUGCAUCUUCGCGCUUGUCGACGGUGAGAAUGGCGUCGACGCUCCCCCGCCUGCCCGUCUUCGAGGCCAUCAAGAAGCACAAUGCCUACAGCACCGCCGUCGUCCACUCGCUUUCCGGCCGCUCCUUUACCUACGGCGAGCUCGUCAACGAUGUCGCCGCCGCAAAGGACAAGCUGCAGCGCAAUUGCAACGGCGCCAGUCCGGCCGGCCAGCGCAUCUCGUUUCUGGUUGAAAACGGCUACGACUAUGUAGUCACGCUGCUCUCCAUCCUCGCCGCCCAUUCAAUCGCCGUGCCGCUGUCGCCCGCCUUUCCCGCCCAUGAGCUGCGCUACAUUCUCGACCAGAGCGAGUCGCUGAUGCUUCUUUCGUCGGAAAAGUUCCAAGGCCAGGCCGACGAUGUACUCAGCGAGGGCAUGGCCACAAAGCCCAUCCACUACAAGCAGGAAAAGAUUAUGAUGGGCAAGACGGACGACUAUGUCACACUCGAGGAGCCCACCAGCCGCGAGGGGGGCAUCAUGCUGUAUACGUCGGGGACGACAAACCGGCCCAAGGGCGUGCUGCUUCCUCAGGACGUGCUCACAGCGCAAUCGCAGUCGUUGCUCGAGGCUUGGAAUUACAGCGCCAACGACGUGCUACUGCAUGUUUUACCCCUCCACCACAUCCACGGCACCGUCAAUGCGCUGCUCACGCCUCUGUUUGCUGGAAGCACCAUUGAAUUCCAAUUUCCCUUUAAUGCCUCGGCAGUCUGGGACCGUCUGGCAGCUCCGUUCCUACCCAACCCAGACCCGGCCAAGAAGCCCAUUACCUUUCUCACCGUCGUCCCAACCAUAUACACGCGCCUGCUAGCCUCACAUUCCAGCCUCUCGCCCGAAAUGCAAGCCGCAACAAAGACGGCUCUUCACCCGUCCAGCAUGCGCCUCAAUAUUUCAGGCUCGGCUGCUCUCCCCACACCCGUCAAGUCGGCAUGGACCGAGCUUAGCGGGGGCAAUGUGCUGCUGGAGCGCUAUGGCAUGACUGAAGUCGGCAUGGCGCUCUCAUGUGGUCUCGACUUUGCAGACCGCGUAGAUGGCUCGGUUGGGUGGCCGCUUCCUUCGGUACAAGCCCGGCUUGUGGACACGGAGAAUGGAGAGGUUAUCGAAGUGGGCAAUGAGGUCGAUCCUGCCACGGGCCGUGAGCGACAGGGCGAGAUCCAACUGCGGGGACCAACCAUCUUUAGAGAGUAUUGGAGGAACCCCGACGCUACCUCCAAGGAGUUUACCGACGAUACUGAUGGACAAGGAAAGUGGUUCAAGACGGGCGAUGUUGCAGUCCGCAGGGCCGUUGAAGGCGCAGGCAAGAGCGGGCAGCCAUGGGCAAAGGGGCCCCUCUAUUUCAUCCAAGGUCGCAAAUCAGCCGACAUCAUCAAGACGGGCGGAGAAAAGGUUUCUGCUCUCGAAAUCGAGCGCGAGAUGCUCUCCCUCGCCGAGGUCGACGAGGUUGCCGUGGUCGGUCUCCCAUCAGAAGCCUGGGGGCAGAAGGUCGCCGCUGUAGUCGUCCUCUCCGACCAAGGCAAGACUGCUGGCAAGGGAGGCAAGGCGUGGUCAGCGCUUGACAUGCGGAGAGCGCUCAAGGAAAUGCUAGUAAACUACAAGAUUCCCCAGGAGAUGAAGGUCGUAGACACCAUCCCGCGCAACGCCAUGGGUAAGAUUAAUAAGAAGCAGCUAGUCCAGCAGAUUUGGGGCGAACAAGUCCAGGGUACAAAGGAAAACGGCGCCGUGUGACUGCCUAAUGGCUGUGUUUAGAAUACAUGUACUGCAUAGAAGAGCUAGUCUCCAAGAAUGAUAGAAGAGUCGAUUA